AAAUGCAAUGUGCACUCACGUUAGCAUAAUAAGCCUGUUGCGUUUAGGUCCCGUGACAAAUUUCAUCGGAACUUUCUACACCCAGGAUGUUUCCUGCUUCUAUUUGCUGGGCGUACAGGUAGCACAACAUCCCCAACGCACAUUCAUUGUUUCGGGGUUUUUAUCCCAGUCAAAUGUUGGCUUAACUGACGGUUGGAAUCGUCGCAUUUCUUCAUUGGAAAGAGCACAGCAUGAAAACAACGGAAAGCAGGAUGAGGGUGUCGCAUCCUUAAAGAGGAACCAUUAGUUUCCCGCCAAGCGUGUUUUGAAGGAUGGAGGAGCAGAACAGUUUGCCGAACGUCAGCAUACCCUGCCACAACGAGCAGCGGGACAAGAAAAAGCGUUACACGGUUUAUAAAGUCAUCGUCAACGUGGGACAGCAGGAGUGGUUUGUGUUUAGACGCUACGCAGAGUUUGAUAAACUUUACAACACAUUGAAGAAACAAUUUCCUUCAUUAAACUUGAAGAUUCCUGCCAAGAGGAUAUUUGGGGAUAACUUUGAACCCGAGUUCAUCAAGCAAAGAAGAGCGGGCCUGCAUGAAUUCAUUAAGGGAAUUGUCUCUCUUCCGCAGUUCUGCGACCACCCUGAUGUGAGGAGUUUUCUCCUCAUGGACAAAAUGGAAAACUUGCAAAACUCGGACGCGUCUGAAGAUGAAGACGACAAAAAUAACUCCUCUUCCAGAAACAUUAACCUGGGACCCUCCGGAAACCCGCACGCCAAGCCAACAGACUUUGACUUCUUAAAAGUCAUAGGAAAAGGCAGUUUUGGGAAGGUGUUCCUUGCCAAAAGGAAACUGGACGCUAAGUAUUAUGCAAUAAAAGUGCUGCAGAAAAAGGUGAUUCUCAACAGAAAAGAGCAAAAACACAUCAUGGCCGAGCGCAACGUGCUGCUGAAGAACGUCAAACAUCCCUUCCUGGUGGGACUCCACUACUCCUUCCAGACCACAGACAAGUUGUAUUUUGUCUUGGACUUUGUCAACGGAGGAGAACUGUUUUUCCACCUACAAAAGGAGCGGACCUUUCUAGAACCCAGAGCCAAGUUCUACAUCGCUGAAAUGGCGAGUGCACUUGGAUAUCUUCACUCCCUCAACAUUGUUUAUAGAGACUUAAAGCCGGAAAAUAUCCUCCUUGAUCAUGAAGGUCACAUCGUUUUGACCGACUUCGGCUUGUGCAAGGAAGGUAUUUCCCAGACGGACACGACCAGUACAUUUUGUGGCACACCAGAGUACUUAGCUCCAGAGGUGCUCCGGAAGCAGCCGUACGAUAACACCGUGGACUGGUGGUGUCUGGGUUCUGUGCUCUAUGAGAUGCUUUUUGGCUUGCCGCCGUUUUACAGCAGGGACACGCACGAGAUGUACGACAACAUUCUUCACAAGCCACUGGUGAUGCGAGCCGGCGCGUCCAACACGGCCUGGUCUCUCCUGCAAGGCCUGCUGGAGAAAGAAGGAGCACUCAGGCUGGGAGCCAGGGAUGACUUUAAUGAGAUCAAAACACACCACUUCUUCUCAUCCAUCAACUGGAAUGAUCUUGAACAGAAGAAGAUUGCACCUCCAUUUACACCUAAUGUGAGCUCUUACUCUGAUAUCUCAAACUUUGACCCGGAGUUCACAGAGGAGAUGGUCCCUAACUCUGUGUGUUGGACCCAAGAACAUUCCAUCAUCAACGCCAGUGUGAUGGAGGCCGACGACGCCUUUGUGGGCUUCUCUUACGCCCCGCCUUCUGAUGACUCUUUCCUAUAAUAAAUUCCCGACAGGGCCUCCAAUCGCCUUUGCCGACCAUCCAUCAUGAUAUGACCUAAAGGGAAGAAAACAACAUUACGCCAAAGCAGCUCAGAUGAAACCGCACUUAAAAUGGAUUUUUAUUGGGAACAAAGAUGUUUUUUACUAAUUUGUAUUUAUAUAAAUAUAUAUAUAUAUAUAUAUAUGAAAGAUUAUAUAUUAAGAAAUAAGGACAGAUAUUCAAGAUAAAUAUAAUUCCUAAAAUGUGCCUUCCAAAAAAUAUAUACAUACAUUACCAAGUCACUGGGCAUUAAAGGACACAAUUGGACUGCCAGAUGUGUGUCCCUGUGACAUAUAAUUCAUGUUAUAGCCGUGUAAUUUCUAUGAAACCUUCAUAUCCCUGACAAAGAAGACUGGAUUAUUUGAGAGAGCACCGAAUAUAGCAUUUCUGUGUAUAGGUCACAUAUUAUUUUUUAUUUUUUUCCUCAGUACAUUUUUUGUUGGUUGUCAGAAAUUUGACAUCACCCUGGAAAUUAAGUAGGUUUAUGCACCUGCUCAGAAAUAAAGAAAUGAAUCAUA